AUGUUCUUCUUCAAUGGCCGAAUACGAAACACUCACAUUACCCCGGGAAUCAUGCGUGAAGAUCCAUAUACUCAUACAAUUGGUCAGUCAUGUAUUAUUACAACUUGUCUUACGCUUAUUAUUGGUUUAACGCUCAUUGUCACCGGCGUUAUAUCCGAAACGAAGAAAACAGCUUUGAUUGGCAUUGGAGUGAUCAGCAUAGGUGUUAGUCUAUUUCUGACGACAAUACUUUGUUUCGAUACUCAAUUGAGAAUUUGCUAUCGAAACUGGGCGUAUGGACCGCCGAUUGUGCCUAUUCGUAUGGAAUGUUCACAAGGAAUAAUGGCAGCGACGAUGUCAAUAUCGACUAUGCGUGAGGCAACACGGUUGGAUAACGAAGCGACUUACAAUUCGGUUUUUACUACAGAUACUUAUGUUCAUUCUAAAAGUUGUGAGAAUAAAUAA